GGGCGCCCGCCGCCAGGGCUUUGUUAGCGGCGGGAGAGGUGGCCUCCCUCGCGGGGCCCGCAGGUCGCGACAAGUUGCCCGUCCUUAGAAGUCGCGGCGGUGGCUUCGCGGCCGCCCCCGGGUGUCCCGGGCCCGACGCGCGGAGAUGGAGUGACAGCCUGCGGGCGAGUGGUUGUCAGUGUUUGUGCAGGUCGGCCCGUCGUGAACUUCCGAUCGCUGCAGCCGGGGAGCGGGGCCCGAGUGUGGGGCGGAGGCGGCCGGGAGGGACGGCGGACCCCGCCCCCGUCGCCCAGUGCCCGCGUGUGCGCGUCUCCGUCGUGAGUGUGUGUCUCGGUGGUCUGCGCGGCUCUGUAUUUGAGUGUGUCUCUGCUAAGAGUGCGUGUCUGUAUUGAAGUGUCUCUGUCCGUGAGUGUGUGUGUGUCUUCGAGCGAGGGUGCUUGUGAGCCCGCGAGCGUGUGUGCCGUCCGAGGGGUGUGCGUGUGUGCAGGAGUGUGGGCUGUGUUGCUUCUCAGGGGUUGGGAGGUGGGGGCUCUGUCAGCGGUCGUGUUUCCCACUCACCUCAUAUUUUAUAAACGCUACUCAAAAAAAAAAAAAAAAAAGCAGCGGUCAGUUUCUUUUUUUCCCUGCAGGCUUUCGCCGUUUAGGUCGAAAUAACCCAAACAACUGCCUCUGGGUUUCAAGGUCCCCCAGCCUCCCUCGCCAGGAACUCUCCCUGCUGUUUGCUCUGCGAACAGAUACUUUUUUAGAAAAUAGGAAGCAUUUUUAGCUUUCUCCACCCCGCGUCCCACGCCCCCUUUCCUCUAAUUGCCAUGUAGCAGGCAUGAGGUUGAAGGAUACGCCAGGCCAGCGAGGAUGAUGUGCUGCAGUAUUUAUUUACUUUGCAAGGAAGGCUGUAAUCAACCCUAAAUAACAGCCCUCGCGGGGUGCAGAGGGGAGCCUCCUGGCCCUAUCAAAGGCCGGCCGAACGGGGCCGGACUGCGGCUGACAUAAGUCGCAGAUACCGAAACUAUGUGCCUGAUAAUGAUAUAAUUAGGGGAUCAGAGGUUUCUGACUGCUGCGGACUUCAAACGCUUUGGAAGAAGCCCGCAGUCUCUCCUGUAGCCGUCCGGACUGAAGCAGACAUUUUUGUUUAAUCACCACAUACAGUAACUAGAAAGGGGGGCAGACAGAAGAGCAUUGUUCCCUGUUUCAAAAUACCAGUCCCCUCCUGGCCUUCCACGUGCCACAGGAAGAAACUUUAUGAAACGGCAGAAAUAGAGUUUUAAUACAGUAACACAAAAGUCCAUUCAACUUGCUCCAAUGUGGCUCCAAUUAAAAAAAAAAAAGUUGUUAGAGCUUUCCUAGUUACCUGUCAAGAUUUUAUUAGACUGUUUUAGGUCACUGAAAAUACAGUCUUUCAAACAGGCUCUCGUAAACACUGAGGCAGCCUUCUACUUGUGUUCAGCUUCUUUUCUGCACGAGGUCUGAAGUGACUGGGAUCAAAACUGACUUUUAAUCUGUUUUAUGUCUACUUUCAAUCUGUCUGUGGAAAUUGUCAGACUUAGGGAUCUGCAGUCAUCACCACUUAAGACCAGUGAGCUUUAUGCGAAAGAGCGAGAAGCUUGGAAGGAGGAGUAAAGAGCUGCUGCGAAGCAGGCUUCUGACCGGAAGGUCCUGCUUACUGGAGAAGGGACCUGGGCCCAGACCGGGACAGCAGCAGGACAGGACAGGAGCAAGACCUCCGGCUUUGCGGGGUGGCACCCAGGUUGCCAAAGAUCUGUGUUUACUUGGCUGCAUUUUUAGACCAUGAAGCAUUAGCAGAUGCCGGUGAAGGCUGAGCGCUCGGUCCGGUGGCCUGGAAUUUGGACGGAUAGUUCAAUGAGACCUCUUACUCGGGCACUCGCGGGAGGAGGGAGGAAGAAAGGCGAGGCUGGGAAGAGGUUUGUAAAGCGGUAGUGCCCCGUGUCGGUGUUGGUGUUCAAUUUCAGAGCGGCGGUUUCUGUAACCAGGCCGAACUUCAGAGGAGGAAGCUGGGGAGAGGUGUGUACCCGAGUUCAGUUCACAGCAGCUUCAGCCGUGGCAGGUGACAGUGGCCGCGGUCCACCGGGUCAGAUAGCGUGUGAGCGAGCGCUCCCAGAGCCAGAUAAUUUCAACGAGAAGUUGACGUGGAAGCCUCACAUCUUGUGCUGUGACUUGCAACUCACAAACUAAGUUUUAUAAAGGAAACUUUUAAUCACUUCCCAUAGACAAAUUUGAGGUUUCCUUAAGGAUUUUUCAUUCAACCAGCAGAGGUUUUUCUGUUUCAGUGUUUCCCCUUUUAGAUCCCAUGUUGAAUUACACAUAAAACUGGGGAGUCUGGGGCGGGAGGGGGGGGAGGGAGCCUUGCAGUUUUACCCCCUCCUCCCUGCUCCCAGUUUUAUGACUUUCCAUUUGGGCUGAAAGAAACUGACUUUGGCAAGCAAACCACUAAUUGUAAAGUGCCUAGUUCCUGUUUUACAGCAUACUGACUAAAGGCUCCCCUGCAUGCAGAGAUCUUUAUAGGCAAAGUUUGCCUUUUCUAGAGAGGUUGCAAAUAGCUACCCAGUUUCAUAGUUUUCAGCCCCCCCCGACCGGAGCAACUUCUAGAUUGCUGUGUUUCUGGUUAGUAGCUUUACGAGAUGUUAGCUAAAGCUCUUGCGUCUCGGUGCAGCCCUUUGAGGUAGUAACCGACUCAGCAGCUGCAAUGGAAUACGUACACUGACAGAAUCUCAAAGCGUAGCGUUUCACGUUGUACGGUCGCGUAGGAUUAACUGAGUAAAUAAUGUAAUUUACCUUUUACGGUGGGAGAAAUUAUGGGGGUGAUUAUUUUGCUUCAGAAACAAAAGUGUUAUUUUUCAUUAUCCGCUACCUUAUCCUAAAUUGAACUUUUCUCUGCUACGUGGAUUAAUACAUUUCUAAGAUGAUAUUUCCCUGGCUUGGGAUCCAAGCACCGGCUUGCACAAAGGGCUUUCCCCGUCCACGCGGACUGCCCUUCGAAGCCCUCAGCUGAAUAUUCUCUAAAGUGAAAUCAGAUGCUACUGCGAUGCCGCCCACUGCGUGGCUACUGGUUACAUGUGUAAAUCGGAGCUGAGCGCCUGCUUCUCCAAACUUCUUGAUCCUCAGAACACAAAUUCCCCUCUCACGCACGGCUGCCUGGACUCUCUCGCAAGCACAGCAGAUGUCUGCCAAGCCAGACAGGUCCACAACCACUCUGGCAGCGCUGCGCCCACGCUGGAGUGCUGCCACGAGGACAUGUGCAAUUACAGGGGGCUGCAGGACGUCCUCGCCCCUCCCAAGGGGGAGGCCUCAGGACAAGGGAACAGGUAUCAGCAUGAUGGGAGCAGAAACCUCAUCACCAAGGUGCAGGAGCUGACGUCCUCCAAAGAGCUGUGGUUCCGGGCGGCGGUGAUCGCCGUUCCCAUCGCCGGGGGGCUGAUCCUAGUGUUGCUGAUUAUGUUGGCCCUGAGGAUGCUGCGGAGCGAGAGCAAGAGGCUGCAGGACCAGCGGCAGCAGAUGCUGUCGCGUUUGCACUACAGCUUUCACGGACACCACUCCAAAAAGGGGCAGGUGGCAAAGCUAGACUUGGAGUGCAUGGUGCCCGUGACCGGCCAUGAGAACUGCUGUCUGACCUGCGACAAGACGAGACAGGCUGACCUCAGCCACGACCGGAUCCUGUCGCUCGUGCACUGGGGCAUGUACAGUGGGCACGGGAAGCUGGAGUUCGUAUGACGGGGUCUCACGGAACUGGACCUCUGGGGCCCUUUGAGUUCUGCUGGCCGGGAGCACUUUAUCUGAAGAAAAACAAACUCGCGUCAUGACCUUCGAGAGAUAGAAUGACCUCUGCAAACAGAAUCUUGGAUAUUUCUUCUGAAGGAUUAUUUGCACAGACUUAAAUACAGUCAAAAUGUAUUAUUUGCUUUAAAAGUAUAAAAAGCAAAGAGAAGACUCUGUACACUGUUACCAGGGUUAUUUGCAUCCAGAGGGAGCUGGAAUCGAGUACCUAAAUAAAAGAACGUGUGCUCUGUGUAAGCUCCUACAUCCUGAUUUAUCAUAGAGGUUAAAAUAUAUAUAUAUAUAUAUAUAUAUAUAUUUUUUUUUUUGUCUGAAAUUUUGCGGUGUCGUCAUAAAUUAAAAACUAAGCAGGAAGGGUAAGGAACUACGUAUUAAUGAUACAGAUGAAGGCCCGUCAUCGCCCAGAGUAGGGUCUCAACCAUAGAUUUUGGCUUAACUUUUUCAUUUUUAUUAUUUUUUUAAACAAGACCAAGAUCUCGUUUUUUUCUUACGUGGCACGUGUGUCAUUUUCUUACAGUGUGGAGAAUUUCUAAAUGUGUACUGCCCAUCAUUCAGUGUCUUACCCACAAUUUUUGGUGAGGAUAAUGCUGGUUUUUAACUUUCAUCUAAUAGAAAUCAGAAACUUAUUUAUACCAGGUCAGAUAUCACUGACCAAUUUCGGAAGUUGCCUUAGCAAAGAGUGGUAUUUAGCAACUUGAUCUAGGUGCUCUGGAAUAUGUUUUUAAAUGUGUCUACCUCCGAUCAAAAAAGGAAAAAAAGCUUUUACUAAAUGAAACUUCGUUUUGGUAAAGUUAGUCACUGUCUACUUUUACUUCUUAAUUCAUCAGUUUAUUCUGUCUCAAACCUAAUUUAAUAUUUUGGACCCCAAAUUUAGCCAAACAUGAUUGUACCAUGUUCCUGGUUUUUAAGCCUUCCUUCCACACAGUGUUAUUAUUAUUUUUUUUACUUCUCAAUCUUUAGAAAGAUUUUCAAGAGUGAACGUUAUAUAUCGAGAUUUAAAUAAGUUUCCUCCCUAAAUGAUUCUUUUAUUUAUAUAAUCGAAUAGACUUGGUUUUAGCCACUAACACACUAUGUAACAGUGUUCCCACUCCUGGAGGACUUCGGCAAUACAGCCCAGCCUGAAUUUAAACCCAUGCCACAUUUGUUUACUUUCUCCCCCCAGAUGGGUCUUUGCUAUCUUAAAUGUGAGAAUAAUUUGUAGGUUCUUUUCUCAAUACUUUUGUAUAUUUGAAACUUUUGCUUAAAAAUUAACCUAUAGCCUGCAUAUUUGAGUACAUGGGGGUUUUCUUUUACGAAUGUUAAAGGAUUUUUUGCAUUUUUUUCUGGGAUAUUUUAUGAUCAGUAUAAUUUGGGUCCCUUAAGAAGACAGGUGCAGUCGCCCAGUUGGUGGAAGAACCUGAGUUGAAAUGACUAGUCUAAAAAUGAAUACCUAGGUUAUUUAGGAACUAGUGGACCACAGCCCCAAACAAAUUAGGCUAUGGAAUAAAUAUGCGUUUUAAUAAA